AGUCAGGUGAUAGUCGGAUCCUGGCAGGAGUGGCUCGGUGAGUUUGGAGAGCUGAAGCGUUGUGGAGACCCAUUGAUCGUGGUGUAGGCCGCAGAUCUGAACAACUGAAACAUUAAACUACAGUACAGCUGCCUCAAAUCCCUGGGAAUUUCAGAAUGACUGAUACUUCUGAAGCGGUUCCAAAUUUUGAAGAGAUGUUUGCCAGUAGAUUCACAGAAGAUGACAAAGAGUACCAGGAAUACCUGAAACGCCCUCCUGAGUCCCCUCCAAUUGUCGAGGAAUGGAAUAGCAGAGCUGGUGGGAACCAAAGAAAUAGAGGCAAUCGGUUGCAAGAUAACAGACAGUUUAGAGGUAGGGAUAGCAGAUGGGGGUGGCCAAGUGACAAUCGAUCCAAUCAGUGGCAUGGACGAUCCUGGGGUAACAAUUACCCACAGCACAGACAAGAACCUUACUACCCCCAUCAAUACGGACACUAUGGUUACAACCAACGGCCUCCCUAUGGCUACUACUAACAGAAUUGUCAGCAGCAUUUACUCUGUUAACAUGACAAAAGUUUAUGUUGUCUCUUCUGUUGGUCUUAGUUUUACAUCUGAUUUUAGAGAGUGGAUAAUUAAUUUUUGGGAACUUGAGACUUUAAGAAUUAGAUCUUCCUAGAGAGAUUUGAUGGUUGUUGGAAAUAAAUACUCUAAAAAGGUUGUAGGUUAUAUUGCUUGACUUCUACCUCAGACUCUUUGUUUCAUGACUUAAUAGUGCUUUGAACUUGGUGUAUUUUUUCCUUGUUUGACCUUCAGGAGUUCUGUCUUUGUUUUACACAGAAAUAAAAAUUUUAAAUAGAAAAUGCUUGUUUUUACUUUGUAAGAUAAAGAAAUAUCCAUAUACUUUGAUAUGCUCAUUCCUAAAAUUUUAGAGGUAGUACAGUCAGCUCUUAAAUGCACACCUAUGCUUACUUGUAAUGUACUGUACAUAGUAGUGGUUGAAAGAGAAAACAGUUGUAGUAAAUUUCUUUUGGCUUUUGUUGUUAUGUGACUAUGGUACUUUGUAAUUACUCUAUAGGUAUGAGUCAUUGUCAUGAUCAUUCUGGUCUCUUUUUAGAGGGAUAUCAAGAAUAAAACUAUAAAUAAGGAAGGAAUCAUUCUCAGUUUCAGUGUCUUGAUCAAGUGGUGGGUGGGAUUAAGGCACACAAUAAUUUUAUACAAACUAAGGCUUUUUGCUAAUUUAAACAUAGCAGGUCAAAAUUCACACAUUAUACAAAAGUUUAACUCUAAUGCUCCCUUCCUUUUCAAUCAUAAUGUAAAUGAUGCUACACUUUGACUACUUACUUUCAUGGUAUUUAAUGUGGUUGAUUUUACAAUGCUGUAUUCACCUCCAAAUGUGCACCUUUGCUGCUUCCUCUUCUGUAAAUCCAGUGAUGCUGUAACUUCCUUUCAGAGUGAUCAUUGUAUUUCACAUCAUUUUAAUGGCUAUUAUAAUGGUUUUAUUCAAAUAAAAUACUUGUUAAGUAA